AUGUGUGAAGUAUUCCGGGUUGAACCAGAAAUGCAAUUCAAAUUGUCUUUGGAUUAUAUGGAUGAACUUCCGUAUACGAAUACGGUUAGAGAUGUUGCUCUGUUUGACACAUCGGUAAAUUCCAAAGUUCUCGAUAAAUUUUUGCAAAAGUUUCAAGUAACUCGAGUACUUUUCUCCAAAACCAGGAAACCAAACAACCCGUUGAAAGAUUCAAAGAGACUUUAUAACCUGAAUAACGUAUAUAUUCACUCAGCCCCCUGGCUCAAUGGUUCAAAACUGCUUCAAUGGAAUUGUGAAAAUUUGGUGGUUAUCGAUACCGGACUCACGGAACUUGAUUUAAUAAAUUUCGUGAACGUUUGGUUGAAUGGGAACAAUACAAGACUACAAGCAUUCAUCCAUAUGGCUGGUCGUGUCGAUCAUGUCGCAGUUGUGGAUCACUUUGAAUUGGAACCAUGGAACCCAGAAGUAUAUCAACUUGAGUAUAAAUUGCCGUAA